AUAAAAAGAAACAAAUUAAAACAGAAACUUUCAUUUGCCAACGUACACUCAUCCAUUAUUUUCCCAUUACAAAUGACUUUCUUCUUUAGACUGCGUAGAGCUGCCGGCGGCCACAAUGGCCGGAAAAACAAGAUUUCCCGGCCAGACGAUUCUCCCGGAGAUCUCACCACGCCCAGUAAUUUCAUCUGCCCGGUUUCGCUUGACCUGAUGAAGGAUCCGGUCACAUUGUCCACCGGAAUCACGUACGACCGGGAAAGCAUCGAGAGGUGGCUGGAGGUCGGGAACAGGACCUGCCCGUUGACCAACCAAAUAUUGGAAACCUACGACCUCAUCCCGAACCACUCCAUAAGAAGAAUGAUCCAAGAUUGGUGCGUGGACAACAAGUCCUACGGAUUAGAAAGAAUCCCGACACCGAGGGUCCCGGUGGGCCCUUCCCAAAUCUCGGCAAUCUGUGCGGCGAUCGACGCCGCGACGCGUGCUGGAGACAGUACGAGAUGCCGGGAUUUGGUCGGGAAAAUUAAGGUCUGGGGUAGGGAGAGCGAGCGGAACAAGAUGUGCAUCCGAGACGACGGCGCUGCCGGAGUAGCCAUAUCGGCAUGUUUUGAGUUCUUCGCCGGCGCGUCAAAGGAGAAUCACUCCGAUCUGUUGAGAGAUUUGCUCUCCGUCCUGACAUGGAUGUUCCCACUCCGGGAAGAAGGAAAGUCAACGCUAGGGUCAAAAACGUCAUUACAAUGCAUGGCAUGGUUUUUGAACGGUGGCGACGAGGAUAUACCGGCCAAUCAAAACGCGCUAUUGGUCCUCAAAGAAUUGAUUUCAUCGGAUCAAAGGUACGCAAACGCGCUAAUGGAAGUUGACCAAAGUCUCCCGAAGUCUUUGCUGAAGAUGGUGAAGUUACCAUCUUACCCUUCCGCUAACACGGCCACCAAAGCCUCCCUCACGAUCAUGCACCACAUGAUUGUUGAAGUCCCACACCGGAAACCCAGUGACAGGAACGUCAUUUCCGAACUGGUACAUGCAGGCUUAGUCGCCGUCCUCCUGGAACUUCUCGUGGACGCCGACAAAAGCGUGUGCGAGAAGGCGUUGACCGUUCUUGACGCCGUGUGUUCGUGCCAAGAAGGGAGGGAGAAAGCCUACGGUCAUCCUUUGACUAUGCCAUUGUUGGUGAAGAAGAUGAUGAGGGUUUCUGAGUUGGGGACAGAGCACUGUAUCUCGGCCAUGUGGAAGCUUUGCAAAGGAGAGGAUGAAAGGGCUGCCGCCAUUGAAGCACUAGAGUUGGGAGCUUUUCAGAAGCUUUUGGUUGUGUUGCAAGUUGGGUGUGGGGAAAAGGCAAAGGAGAAAGCAACAGAGCUGUUGAAGAUGAUGAAUGUGUACAAGAAUAGGGUGACUGAAUGCUUGGACUCGUCCAACGGUUUCAUGUAUUUGAAGAGAUCUUAUUGAUAUAUUGAAUUGGUUGGUGAUAGUAAAUAAUACGGAGUAGUUGGAGUUAACCUAAUUUUGUUGCAUUUUGGUUAAAUUAGGCAACAUUGUAAAUAUAUUUUUCUGGUAUACAUACGUUAACCCAUACAAGUUGGACGUGCCCUUGUUAUUUAACUCAAAUUGAAGAACAU